CCCUUUUGUUUCCCUUUUUUGUAACAAUUUUGGCUUUCCUCAUCCCAUUUGGGAUUCUUUUUUCCCCCCUUGCAUACUAGAUUUUUUUGCCCCUGUUUCGGCUUCACGGGGAGUAGAUGCGCAUAGAAUACACGUAGGUGUUACCAACCUUUUUGCAGUACCGCGAAGUGGAUCGAACCAUUUCAGCAUGAACGAAUGCAUGUAUGGUGAAUGCUUUAAAUUGGCAUCAUCCAAAGUGAGUAAUGCGCGUAGGGAAGUAGAUUCUCGAUUCAUCGCUGCCUAAGUUAGGACCUUUUUUGUGCCCCCCCACAAGGGCGUAUGCCUGCCUGUGUGUAGAUACCUGCUGUAUCUAUGCGCAUGGGCAAAUUGCUGUUGGGUGGAAUUCACCUGCGCACACGUUGCCCUGGGGGCCGCGCCAACAAGGGCUACACGGGGGAGAGCUGAGAAGAAAGGCUGCCAAGAAGUGAGAAGCAAAAGGCGGAGAGGCAAGGACGUAAAGUGGCCACGCGCUAAACCCCAAAGUGACCACCGCCAAACCCCCAAAGUGACACCGCCAACCGCACAAACAUGUCGCUGAUACGAGCACAGCAGGCAGGCGGCGAAUGCGAAAGCUUCAUGAAGGAGUGGCAAAUAGAAAAGUCGAUAGACGCGGACGAAUUUGUAAACAAUUUCGAGGCUUUCUUUUUCGAUUGCGAUGGAGUUCUAUGGAGAGGAAAUGAAGUCAUCCAAGGGGCAGUGGAAGUCAUAAACAAAUUAGUAAAAGCAAACAAGCAAAUAUAUUUCAUAACAAAUAACUCUAUAAAAUCCAGAGCUACACUUUUGGAGAAAUUUCACCAGCUAGGUUUCGGACUUACCAAAAAAGAAAAUAUCAUUUGUACCUCCUACGCAAUUGCUAAAUAUUUUGUGGAGAAGGAAGAAUAUAAAAGUGGGAAAAAAAAAAUUUAUGUAAUUGGGGAAAAAGGCAUUUGUGAGGAACUGGACUGUUGCAAUCUUCUCUGGUUGGGUAGUUACCACGAUAAUGAAAAGAAAGUAGUGAUAAAGGACGAUCUAGAAAUAAGCGUAGAUAAGAACGUAGGAGCUGUUGUAGUUGCCAUCGACUUUAACAUUAAUUAUUACAAAAUCCAGUACGCUCAUCUUUGCAUUAAUGAAUUGGACGCUGAAUUUAUUGUUUCCAAUAAAGACGCAACUGCAAAUUUUACUAGUAAGCAAAAAUGGGCCGGCACAGGUUCUGUCGUUGCUAGUGUUGAAGCUGUUUCGCUGAAGAAGCCAACCGUUCUUGGAAAGCCAAAUUUAUUCAUGAUCGAAAAUGUCCUUAAAGAUCUAAACAUUGAUCCUUCCAAAGUUGUUAUGGUAGGAGAUAGACUCGACACGGACAUAAGCUUUGCCAAAAAUUGCAACAUCAAGUCCGUUCUCGUUUCCUCAGGCGUCACCGAUGCGAAUAUUUAUCUUAAUCAUAACCAUUUAAAUAUUCAGCCUGACUAUUUUAUGAAAUCGAUUGCGGAUUUUUUAUAGCCAUAUUGAGUAACCAUUCCGCGUGGAAUGUUCCUGUGCUACACUGUACGUGUACUGCACCCUGGGAAUAAUCGCUGUGCCAUUCGAUGGCCCCUUUUUUGGCUACAAUGAAAAUUGCCCCCAAUUUUUUUUUUUUUCUCUUGGCAAAUGUUAAGUGGUGGGUAGUGACACAAAUAGGGCACACCUUCGCACUGCUGCUGGUGAGUUGCUCCCCAUGCAUAUUUAUACACCCCCGUUAGGUGGCCUGCGCGUAGGUACCUCGCCCUGUUUGCUUGAACGGAAUGGGAGAAACCUGGCCAUCGCUUCCUCCACCGUUUCGCGCAUUGACAAAGGAGGAGCUUAACGAAAGUGGGAUUACUUCGCGGGUGUGGCGGUUCUCCCUGUCUCCCUCCCUUUUUUCUCCCCACCUUUCUACCUCCCAUUUCGCGGUCGCUCCCCCCCCUUCCAAGUACCCAUUCAAAUCCCUGAAGGUU